AUGGCGGUCCCCGAGCCCCGGCCCAACCACACCAUCUACAUCAACAACCUCAACGAGAAGAUCAAGAAGGACGAGCUGAAGAAAUCCCUGUAUGCCAUCUUCUCCCAGUUUGGCCAGAUCCUCGACAUUCUGGUGUCUCGCAGUCUGAAGAUGCGGGGCCAGGCCUUCGUCAUCUUCAAGGAGAUCAGCAGCGCCACCAACGCUUUGAGGUCCAUGCAGGGCUUCCCCUUCUAUGAUAAGCCCAUGAGGAUCCAGUACGCCAAAUCCGACUCGGACAUCAUUGCCAAGAUGAAGGGCACUUUUGUGGAGCGGGACCGCAAGCGCGAGAAGCGGAAGCCCAAGGGCCAGGAGGUGGCCGUGGUCAAGAAGCAGCUCCCCGGAGCAGCAGCUCCAGUGGCCCCCGCGGUCCAAGGCGCUGUGCCCGGGAUGCCGCCCAUGAACCAAGCCCCACGGAUGAUGCCUCACAUGCCUGGCCAGCCCCCCUACAUGCCUCCUCCAGGAAUGAUGCCGCCCCCUGGCAUGGCACCAGGGGCCAUGCCACCUGGGGCCAUGCCACCUCAACAAAUGCUGCCUGGGCAGAUGGCCCCAGCGCAGCCACUAUCGGAGAAUCCACCCAAUCACAUCUUGUUCCUCACCAAUCUGCCCGAAGAGACCAACGAGCUGAUGCUCUCCAUGCUGUUCAAUCAGUUUCCCGGGUUCAAGGAAGUGCGGCUGGUCCCUGGCCGGCAUGACAUCGCCUUCGUGGAGUUUGACAAUGACGUGCAGGCCGGAGCUGCCCGUGAUGCCCUGCAGGGCUUCAAGAUCACCCAAAACAACGCCAUGAAGAUCUCCUUUGCCAAGAAGUGACGCCUCUCCU